UUUACCGUAAAUGGCAGUCUUGUGACACAUAUGCGAAUACAUGCAGGAGAUAAACCAUUUCAAUGUGCAGAGUGUCUGAAAUGUUUUAUUGUAAAGAGCCAACUUGUGAGACAUAUGCGAAUACAUACAGGAGAAAAACCAUUUCAGUGUUCAGAGUGUCUGAAAUGUUUUAGUGGAAAAGGUAGUCUUAUGAAACAUAAACGAGUACAUUCAGGAGAUAAACCAUUUCAAUGUUCAGAGUGUCUGAAAUGUUUUACUGAAAAAGAUAGUCUUAUGAAACAUAAACGAGUGCAUUCAGGAGAUAAAUCAUUUCAAUGUUCAGUGUGUCUGAAAUGUUUUAGUCAAAAGGGCAGUCUUUUGAAUCAUAUGCAAAUACAUACAGGAGAUAAACCAUUUCAGUGUGCACAGUGUCUGAAAUGUUUCAGUCAAAAAUUCAGUCUUGUGAAACAUAUGGGAAUACACACAGGAGAUAAAAAAUUUCAGUGUUCAGAGUGUCUGAAGUGUUUUAAUAGAAAAGGUAAUCUUACGUCACAUAUGCAUGUACACACAGGACAUAAACCAUUUCAGUGUUCAGAGUGUCCGAGAUGUUUUACUGAAAAAGGCAGUCUUGUGAGACAUAUGCAGCUACACACAGGAAAAAAACCAUUUCAGUGUUCAGAGUGUCUGAGAUGUUUUACUGAAAAAGGCAGUCUUGUGAGACAUAUGCAGCUACACACAGGAAAAAAACCAUUUCAGUGUUCAGAGUGUCUGAGAUGUUUUGCUGUAAAACGCUAUCUUGUGAAACACAUGCGAGUACAUACAUGAGAUAAAACAUGUUAGUGUUUAAUGUUUCAGGAUUAUUUCAGUUAUAAACAUAAGAAUAUAUA